AAAAAACAAGAAUUUUUAUAAUCUGAUUUAUAUUACUCUAACGUAUAAUAUUAUGCUGCUUUAUGCCUACAAUCGUCGCAUAUAAUCUUUUCAAUCGUCGUAUGAUGCCGAUUACUUUACUUCAAAUCGAAAGUUUUAUAAAUCGCCGGUGACCUAUAGGAGAAAACACAAUAGCUCUGGCGAAGCGGUAACCCCGGGUUACCCCUGACCGGUGCUCAAACUAGGGAGCCGUGAAGCUCAGUGCGCAUGCUCGAAGCCCAAUUGGUGGCCUCAAUUUGCUCGCAAAUCAAUAAUGCCCCUUUCCGAGAUUCCGGGCGACCGGAGCAAAAUAUUCCAGUCGACGCUUGUUUGACGAUACGACUCCGUGCGUUCAUAAAAUAUUUUGUUUCCUGAUAGAAGUGACAAGAAUUGUUCUAGUCUUUUGAAAAUGGCCGAGGCACUAGAUCAAGGCGCCAGUAUUUUUCAGAAAUUGGCAAUGUACGACUACAGGAUUGGCGAGAGGUAUUGGGUCGAUGUGACUCAUAUUGUAAACCCUUACAGCUUCUAUGUGCGCCCUGUGGUCUUCAGGGAAGAUCUAGAAUAUUUGCAAGAGACUUGUGAUCAUUUUGACCCAGGUAUGUUACAAGAAGGCAAAAUCAUCAUUUACAAAUCUGAGUUUUUGGAUUUAUAUGUCAGGGGAAGCAUCCUCAAGGUCAUCAAAGAGGAUGGAGAUAUAAAAUGUGAUAUAAAGGCCAUUGAUUAUGGAUCUGAGGACAAUACUGUGCCGCUUUGGAGGAUGCGCCAUCCCAAGCAUGAAAUAGCUAUUCCACCACUGGCUGCGCAUUGUGUCCUUGCUGAUUGCAAAUCAUUGGACCCAGGCACAUGGGCUGAGGAAACUAUUGAAGCUAUGAAAUCAUAUGUGGGAAAUGAACGUGCUCGGAUGACAGUCAAGGGAAGAACUGGUGAUCAACUUGUUGUUGAAUUAGUCAAUUCAUGCCCAAAUGAUAUUGCUACCAUGCUUACAUUGACUGGCUAUACUGCUAUGGGUAGCUCAGCUGAAAUGCCAGGUGGUAAUCGUGCCAAUCCACCUUUUGAUGGGCGAUAUUUUGGAUGCAAGCUUGUCAAAGUUGGAGAUGUCCUGCAUGUCAGAUGCCAGACUGGAAAAGAUCUUUCUGGAUUCUAUGUAGCUGAAGUUGGUGAUUUCAACCAGUAUUUAAGUGAUCGUAAUGAUUUCACUGAUUACUGCAUCUAUCAAAAAACUCCUCGAGCAAAUGAAUUGGUCAUUGGAAGGGUGUGGGCUAUAAGUCUCAAUGCAUGACAAAAUUUGAGAGAUCAGUAGU